ACAACGCCUCGUGGUCGACGCUUCUCCUCUCUCACUUUUAUGCGCUGGCCCUUUAAAUCUGAAGCUCAUUAAUGCGUUCGGGGGCCGAGCUUGUGUACGUGUGUCCAAUCAGAGCGCGGGAUGUUGAUGCUGGAGUGGAUGCAGGACACGGGACGCUGAUGCUGAUGCUGGGGGACCCGCACAGUGAUGGAGCGGCGACGACGCUGAAGAGGAUGCACUAAACACCCUUGUCAAUCAGCGAGGGGCUUUUCUCACGGACGCCUGGCUCUCCGUGUUACAGAAGCUUGUGAGAUGUAUGGCAGUGCGCGGGCCGUCGGCCACAUGGAGGGCAGCCCCGCUCGCUCCCCGCGGCUGCCCCGCUCUCCUCGGUUGGGACACCGUCGGGCUAACAGCGGCAGCUCGGGUGGCAAGACCUUAUCCAUGGAGAACAUCCAGUCCCUCAAUGCUGCCUACGCCACGUCUGGCCCAAUGUACCUGAGCGACCACGAAGCCGUUGGAUCCACGGCUACCUACCCCAAAGGCACCAUGACGCUGGGUCGGGCCACGAGUCGAGCGAUGUACGGCGCUCGGGUCACGGCUAUGGGCAGCACCCCUAACAUCCACACGGCAGGAAUCCCUCACGCCGACCUGCUGUCUUACGGUGACCUGGGCUCGCUGUCGAUGCUCCACCACCAGGGGACGCCGUCUGCUCUGCUGCGGCAGGCGGUCAGGGGAGGUGGCGGGGAACUUUUGGAGCUCCAGGCACAGCUACGGGACAUGCAGAGAGAAAACGAUCUCCUUCGGAGGGAGCUGGACCUGAAGGACAGCAAGCUGGGCUCCUCCGCCAACAGCAUCAAGAGCUUCUGGAGCCCCGAGUUGAAGAAAGAACGUAUAAUGAGGAAAGAGGAGGCAGCGCGCACUUCUAUCCUCAAAGAACAGAUGCGGGUGACCCAUGAGGAGAAUCAGCACCUGAUGGACGCCAGGAGGACAAAGCACCUCCAGUUGACCAUUCAGGCCUUGCAGGACGAGCUGAGGACUCAACGCGACCUCAACCAUCUUCUCCAGCAGGAGAGCGGCUCACGGGGCGGCGGGGGCGAUCACUUCACCACCAUCGAGCUGACCGAAGAGAACUUCCGUCGACUCCAAGCCGAACACGACCGUCAGGCCAAAGAGCUCUUCCUCCUGAGGAAGACGCUGGAAGAGAUGGAGCUGAGGAUCGAGACGCAGAAGCAGACGCUGGGAGCCAGAGACGAGUCCAUAAAGAAGCUUUUGGAGAUGUUGCAGAGUAAAGGGCUUCCCUCAGCCUCAGGAAGAGCAUCAGAUGAGGAGGAACAAGAGCGAGCCAGGCGUAUAGCAGAAGCAGAAGCUCAGCUGGGACACCUAGAGGUGAUAUUAGACCAGAAAGAGAAGGAAAACAUCCAUCUGAGAGAGGUUUUUUCUCAGGAGCUUCAUCGCAGAAACCAGCAUCACCCAGACCCUGGGAAAACUAAAGCUCUUCAGACUAUCAUAGAGAUGAAGGACACCAAAAUCGCAUCCUUGGAGCGCAACAUUCGGGACCUGGAGGAUGAGAUCCAGAUGUUGAAGGCGAAUGGAUUGCUGAACACGGAGGAUCGAGAAGAGGAGAUCAAACAGAUGGAGGUGUACAAAAACCACACCAAGUUCAUGAAGUCCAAGAUUGACCAGCUCAAGCAGGAGCUCUCGAAAAAAGAAUCCGAGCUUUUAGGUCUGCAAACAAAACUGGAAACUCUGAAUAAUCAGAAUUCAGACUGCAAACAGCAUAUUGAAGUGCUCAAAGAGUCCCUCACUGCCAAAGAGCAACGCGCUGCCAUCCUACAAACAGAGGUGGACGCUCUCCGAUUGCGUCUGGAGGAGAAGGAAUCGUUCCUUAAUAAGAAGACGAAGCAAUUGCAAGACUUGACUGAGGAGAAGGGAACACUGGCUGGGGAGAUCAGAGACAUUAAAGACAUGCUGGAAGUCAAAGAACGCAAGAUCAACGUCCUGCAGAAGAAGAUUGAAAACCUUCAGGAGCAGCUGAGGGAUAAAGAUAAACAGCUCGGGAAUCUAAAGGACAGAGUGAAGUCUCUCCAGACGGACUCCAGCAACACUGACACUGCCCUCGCCACGCUAGAGGAAGCUCUGUCUGAGAAGGAGCGAAUUAUUGAGCGCCUGAAAGAGCAAAGAGAGAGGGAAGACCGAGAGAGACUAGACGAGGUGGACUCAUAUAAAAAAGAGAAUAAAGACCUGAAAGAGAAGGUGAACAAUUUACAGCUGGAGUUAACGGAGAAAGAGUCAAGUCUCAUAGAUUUAAAAGAACACGCCUCCUCGCUGGCCUCAUCAGGGCUCAAGAAAGACUCCAAACUCAAGUCUCUUGAGAUCGCAAUCGAGCAGAAGAAAGAGGAAUGCAAUAAACUGGAGACACAGUUACAAAAGCAAGCAGAGCAGCUGUUCAGUCAAAUGAACAAUCCCAAGGCCCACGAGGUGGAGGUGCAGCAAAGCUCACGUGGGAACCCCGAGUAUGUGGACCGGGUCAAACUUCUGGAGAAGGAGGUGUCCUACUACAAAGAGGAGUCCGGCAAAGCCCAGAAUGAGGUCGAGAGGUUACUGGAGAUUCUGAGAGAGGUGGAGACGGAGAAAAAUGACAAGGAUAAGAAGAUUGCAGAACUGGAGAGCCCCCCUCCCCCCGCUGCCCGCCCCUCGCCCCGCCCUGGUGGCAGAGCCCCCUCUGAGCCUCCCCCCUCUGUGUCCGCUGCCCCCCAGCAGAUUGGGGGCAUGAUGUGGGACUUCCUGGGAAAGCAAACCAAGGAUCCAAUUAAAAAAGGCCCAGGCAUCAAGCUUGGCCCUCAGAUGGACAAGAAAGGCCCUGGUAACAUCUUGCAAGACCAGCGCAAGGAUAAUCCAAUGGACAACCCAAAGAUGGAGGAGUUGAUGAAUGUUUUGGAGAAGACGAGGCAGGAGUUGGAUUCCACCAAGCAGCGUCUGUCCUCCACCCAACAGUCUCUUUCUGAGAGAGACGGCCAUCUGACCAACCUCCGACAGGAGCGCAGAAAGCAGCUCGAGGAGAUCUUAGAGAUGAAACAACAGGCUCUGCUCGCUGCUAUCAGUGAGAAGGAUGCUAACAUUGCUUUGCUGGAGCUGUCAUCCUCCAAUAAGAAGAAGACACAAGAGGAAGUGCUGGCCCUGAAAAGAGAGAAGGACAGACUGAUGCAUCAGCUCAAACAACAUACACAGAGCAGGAUGAAACUGAUUACCGACAACUACGAGGAUGAUCAUUACCACCCUCACGCUCCACCUCCCCACAUGCAGCCUCAACCCCUUCAUCCUCAACCCCAACCCCAGCCUCCAUACCCACAGGCCCAACACCCACAGGCCCAGCACCCGCACCCACAGGCCCAGCACCCGCACCCUCAGGCCCAGCACCCUCAGGCCCAGCACCCACAGGCUCAGCACCCGCACCCACAGGCUCAGCACCCACACCCACAGGCCCAGCACCCACACCCACAGGCCCAGCAUCCGCACCCACAGACCCAGCACCCGCACCAGCCUCCUUACCCACAUGCGCCCCAUCCCCAACACCCGCAGCCUCCUCCCCACCACCAACAACACCCGCAGCAGCCCCCCCAGCCUCAAUACCCUCACCCGCAACACCCCCAGCACCCACAACCACCUGGCCCACACCCGCACCAGCCCAGACCUCAACCGCCCCACCCUCAACACCCUCAUCCCGGGGUCCCUCCGCAGCAGCAGCAUCCACACCCCCAGCACCCUCACGGACCACCGCCUCAGCAGGGCCCCCACCCUCAACCCAUCCCACACCCGCAGCAGCACCCCCAUCACCCCCCACACCCCGGCCAACAGGGCCCACACCCUCGACACCCUCCGCCACACCAUCGGGGUCCAGGCCGUGGACCGCCUCAUCCCGGACACCGACCCGCCCCAGACCAGACAAUUCAGUCACUAAUGGAGGAGCACAGCCAUGCCAUACAGAUGAAAUUCUACAUUGUUCACUUGGCCAGUCUUUACCUACACUCAGAUUCACUCUUUUGAAUGGGGCCAUUUAUUUCCAUGCAUUAAGGAAAGAGGCGGAGCAUUAGUGUGAGUGGGAGGGCCAAAGCUGGAGAAGACCACCUGAGCAGAUGAUUAAAAAAAGUAUAAAUGGAAGUCUGGACUGAACAAACACAGUCACUUCCUGGUGCAGCCCUUUUUCUAAAGACAUUUGCCUUGAAGACUAUCAAUGCUCAAAUCAAAAUGAGACACUGCAGCUGCUCCUUGUUGUCUGGUUUUCACAUACGACCAGUGCAUGAAUCCAGCUGGCCCCUCCCCUUCUCCACAUUGCCCCGCCCACUCGGAUCUAGCUCCACCUCUUCAAUGAGGCAACAAGUCAGCUUGCACUCACUCAAGCCUUGACUCUUGUCAGUCAUUUCUCUGCUUUUUGUGUGAAAAUCCAAUGUAAAAUAAUACCAUCUUAUUAACUUAAUUUUUAACUUUUUUUUUACUAUCACAUCUGCAUUUGCAGUUGAAAUCUUAAAAGGGCAACUGUUGCCUGCCUUCAAUUGUUUAGGUUUUAUUAUAUGUGCUAUACAUAUAUGUACUUAGAUUUGAAUAUUCAUGUAAUUUCUCUGUGCCACGUUCAGCCUCCAUUGUUGGUUCUUUAGUGAAUAUUGGACCUUAUAGAGGUGGUAUCUGUCACGUCUUUAGAGUUACCUCAGUUGACCCUUAGAGGUAGUCUACUCUAUGCAGAGUUCAUUUCGUCUCACCAAUUAUAACGCACAUAACAUACACCAUGCUAACCAGAAUUUGCCCUUUCUUUUUGCUUGUGCUCCACCCCAAACCCCAAGCCCGGUUUGCGUGUUAGCUCUCAUGCACCUAUGCACCUCCACCCCUUACAACAGGGAACGUUUCUUAUGGUGCUUCAACUGGUGCUCAGGCCCAAAAGAGAUGGAGACAGCCAUGGCUACAAUCAUUUUCGGACAUCAACUGAUCUGUAACUACAUCCAUGGCGCCAUCAUACGAGUUCUUCGGAAGAUAAUUGAGAUGGUUUCCCAAGAAACUGCUAUAGGUUGUAGUUGUAUGUCCCACAAAAUGAAUUUUGUCAAGAUGUCUGUUGACAAGGCCAGUCCAACCUGAGUGUCCCGUAAAGGGAAUGUCCUUUCUCCUUUAACGAACCGUCCCACCAGGUACUGGCGGAGCUACCGCAGAUUUGUUGUAACGUCUCAACAUGGUGGCGAGUGCCUAUUUAUAAAUAGAUAGUAGAUAUAUAGAUAGAGAUAUAUAGCUAAAUAAAGUGGGUCUACUGUGGUCAGACUAUUGUGUCAGAAAUCAAAGGAAACUUCUUUUCCGGUGUGUUUGAGUUGUGUGUGUUGUCGUUGUCUGUUUGGCCCUCGCACUGCUCUCAUUACAAGAUCUUGGCAUUGGAGUCUGUGCAACAAAAAGGUCUUUUGCUGAACGUUUGCGGAAUCUAGUUUCUUGACCUUCAGCUAGACAGUGUUGUAUAGAAUAUGUUGCACCUCACAAAAAGAACAAAAAAAUUAAAACGGCAAUGAGUUCUUAAAAAAAAAAACUCAGCUCAAGCGCACUUGAGGGUAAAGCUGCAUUCAUGCUGAAAGCAAACAGCAGUCUUUUAUUUGGUGAAUUUUAUCGCCGUCAGUGUGAAGGCACCUUAAAGGGAUAGUUCACCCAAAAAUACAAAUUCUGUCAUCAUUUACUCACCCUCAUGUUGUUCCAAACCUAUAUGACUUUCUUCAGUGGAACACAACACCGAACAAUUCCGGUUCCCAUUGACUUCCAUUGUACAGUAUGAUCAAAAAAUAUAAUGGAAGUCAAUGGGAACCAAAAUGUUUGGUUACCAACAGUCUUCAAGUUCAAAAUGUCUUUGUGUUCCAGAUAAGAGAGAAAGUCAUACAGGUUUGGAAUGACAUGAGGGUGAGUAAAUAAUGACACAAUUUUUAUUUUGGGGUGAACUUUUUCUUUAAGAAACUUCAAAAUAUUCAAGUGGAAGAUUGUUUUAAGAUGGCUGAGAUAUGUGAACAGUUGUUUUGCAUUGUCUUAUGUGUCAUUUCACUGCUGUUGUCUGUAGUUGUGGAGUUUACAUUAGGACUUUGGCGAAGCCCAAAAUAUAGCCAAGAUCUGACUGUUAAAAUGACCUGUUUGUGUUUCCAUGUUGCGUUUAACAUACUCAAUUUUCAGACGCCUUCACGUUAGUUCCAGAUCGUUACGCGUCUCUGUUCUGGAACGUUCCGGAAACACCAUCCUUAAUCUGCGUUCACAUUCUGCCGGAAUUACCGCAAUUAAAAUAUUCUGAGAUUCUUUAGGCUCAGAAAUUCAUUUUUAUGGCAAUGCUCAAACCUUGAGGAACAAAGAAAGUGCAUUGUGCAACUUAAAAUGACAUGAAACUAUAUGUAGUUUAAUGGUAAGCUAAAGGUAAUUGUUGAGGUCGCUCAUUUUGGUCGUUAUGAACACGUCACAAUGAGCUAGUCAGAAACUUCCCGGUAAUUCUGUCAUGAUGUGAACGCAUCAUUGUCGCUCGGCUCUAGAAUAUUCCUACGUUGCUCUCUUGAACAUUUAACUAUUGUGGUUGAAGAACACAGAUCCAGAAUAUGUCCACCAUGUGAAUACUGCUCCGUCUUGGAUGUUUCUGAGUCCAGUUUCAAACACCAGAAAAGUGUUUGAUCUGAUAUUCUAAUAUUUAUGUGCGUCUGUCUGUCUGUUGUGCAAGUCUAUAAUUGUACUAUUAGGCAAAGCAAGAGGACAAAAAAUAAAAAGACAUCAGACUUUACCUUCUUGGAGACAUAUUGCAGUCCUCCACCUUCAGGACCUUUUACUACUGAAUACUUGAAGUAGGGGGGUGAUCUCCUGCCUUGGGAAGAGAUACGUAUAUUAUACAGAACAAAGAAAAAAAGAGAAAUGUUGACUCAUGUGGUGAUGAUGCAUGAUUAUGUACAUUAUGUGCCAACUCUGGGCUGUGGUGAAGACAGGUCUAAUAGAUCUCUAUACGCAGAAAUAAAUAUCGAAAGAAAGAAGUUUCAGCCCUGUAGGCUCAAGACGUAUAUAUAUCAAACAAAGGGCCUCUGGUUAGAGAAAAGGUCCAAAAUAAAGAGAACAAAAAUGAUUAUAUUUAUAUUUGUUGUGUGCCAGUUGCAUUGUUUCUUUUAUUUCAUGAUGUCAAAAAAAUGCAAACCUCUGGAUAAUACAAACCACUGUGACAAAUGCCAGAAAAGAAAUAGUAAAUCUAAGAAACAUUGUUUUUACUUUUUUAAGAUGUUUAUUUAUGUUAUGUUUUUUUAUGGUUCAUGCUUUUUUUUUUUUUUUUUUUUUUUUUUGAAUAUGUCAGUUUGGAACUGUAAGAUUUGUACAUGAAAUUAGUUUACUUUUCUUUUUCUGUACAGCAGUCCAAUGUGAGUGUCAGCAUGCUGAAUGAUACCGUGUGAACGUGGGGUUCAUUUGUCCAUGUUGCAUCAGUCGUCGCGGAUGAGACGCAUUGGCAUCAUGAUGGUGUAAUGUGUUUGAGAAUGGUGUGUCCUCACCCACAUCUUCCCGCCCACUGCCAGUGGAUUGCCCGUGCAACAAAAUAAAAGCGUUCGCAUGUUUUCGGGGAGCAGAUCUGAGACGCUAAAAGAGUGUGGGAUAUGCUUGCAUGAUUGUCUGUGUAUGCAAAUAAGAUUGUUACAGGGUGUGAGUGGCUGAGUGCGUGUUGCAGAAAGUUAGCGGUGCAAGAGCCUCGGAGGCGUUCGGUGUGAAAUCUGUGUCAUGUUCGAUGUUUUUAAACCCUGUUGGGCUUUACUCAGAGUCCUUAACCUCCCUGAUAUUUGCUAUUGUAUGUGUUGUAUCCCCCAACUAUUCUUGAGUGUCAGUCGGCUUGUUUAUAUCCAUUAAAUAAAAGUGACUUUCUUUCUGA